AUGGCUACCGACGAAGAGCUGGCCGCCUUUGAGCGGCUGGCGCGGACGGCAUACCUAGACAUCGGAGCAGCACGGGCCGAGGCCGAGGCUGAGCUGGCUCCAUUUCGGACGUCGCUCGAGACGGUGGAGACCUCACGGGCGGUGAUGGUGAGGACCCGCGAGCCGACGGCGCUGCUGUACGCCACCCAGGCACUGAUGUGGCUGGUGCCAAACAACUGGAGCGCGUUCUCGGUCCAUGAGAGGAAUGGCCUUCGGAGCUUUGUUCUUGAGCUCAUCUACGAGCGAGCGCGUGAGCUCGAGCCGUACAACGAGACCUUUCUCAUCGCCCUCCUAGUCCGCCUCUGCAAGCUCGGCUGGCUCGACGAGUCCGGCAUGAACUCGCUUGUCGACGACGUCUCCACCUUUUUCAAUACCUCGUUUGCGCACUGCGUCCUCGGCAUGCGCAUCUACGAGCAACUCAUCCAGGAGAUCAACCAGCAGUGGACCGGCCACUCGCCCAUUGAGCAUCGCAAGUACGUGACGGCCUUCCGCGAUUCGGCCCUCUCGGACAUCUAUGCGUCGUCGCUCACCCUGCUCCGCCGCCUUGUUUCUGGCGCAUACGGCAACGAGGAUCCGGCUGCACAAGAGGCGCUCGCCGUCAAUGCCCUCAGGGUCGUUGCAGAGUGCUUCAGCUUUGACUUUAUCGGCACCCUCACCGACGACCAGCGGGCCAAGAACUCGUCGCUGCAGAUUCCCGACGGCUGGCGCGAGUCGAUUGAGGAUCCGGACACACUGCAGCUCCUAUUUACGCUCUACUCGCACGCCGCCGUCUACUCGUCCAAAGCCCUCGAGGUCAUCACUCUCUUUGUCGCCGUCCGCCGCUCGCUGUUCUCGUCCGAGGAUGUCCGCCUCAAGUACCUCAACCAGCACAUGCAGUUUGUCAUCAACGUUCUCGAACACUCGGUUGCGCUUGGCGACGAAGAGUGCUACCACCACUUUUGCCAGUACAUCUCGCGCCUCAAGUCGCAGUUCCACGUCACCUAUCUGGUCAAGGCGCCGGCGUACGAGCAGUGGAUUUUCGCGGUUGCCAACUUUUCGGUUGUCUCCUUUGAGUCGAUCGGCACCUCGUCGGGCUCCAUCUACCACAUCUUGCACUUUUGGAACGCCAUGUGCAUGUCAACGACCAACGGCGGCGUGUUGACGUCAAAGCUGGAGCCGCUGGUGGCCGGUCUCGUCGAGGCCUUUGUCGCCUCGCGGCUCAAUCUUGUUGUCGCCGUCGCCGACCACCAGGUCAUGGACGAUCCGCUAUCCUCGCCGCCGCUGCUGGAGGAGACGCUGGCAGCAUUUCCCGCGCUCGGCCGCUUCCACUACGAGGCCGCCGGCCGGUACGUCCUCUCGGCAUUUGAUCCGCUCAUCGACCAGUACAUGGGCGCCGUCCAGGCCGCCCACGACUCGGGCGGUGCGCCGCAGGUCCUCUUUCAACUUGGCGUGCUCGAGAGCCAGCUCGCGUGGCUUGUCUACCUCGCCGGCGGCCUUGUGUCGGGCCGGACUGCCUCGCGCAAGAACCCGGAUGAGGACAUGCUCGACGGCCAUCUUGCCGUCCGCGUAUUCCAGCUCCUCUCUACCUCGGACCAGGUGCUGAGCGAGCGCGGGCAAGACCACGCUUCGGUUCACCUCGAGCGGGCUCUGCUGUACUUUAUGAAAAAGUUCCGCAAGGCCCACAUCGGCGACCAAGCUCUUUCGCUCUCGCGGGCGUACGCUGCCCUCGGCUCAGAACUCAACCUCCCCGACUCGGCCGCUGUCCUCCGGGUCAUGAUCGAGAAGAUCUGUGUCAACCUCUCUGCGUGGUCUUCCAACGAAGAUCUGCUGAGCAUGACGCUCUCGUUGUUCAUGGACCUCGUCACCGCGCCGUACACCUCGCUUCCACUCCUCUCCAAGGUUGCCGCCAUCGACUAUCUGCUCCAUUCGCACGGCAGCGGCGAGCUUGCCUUUCUUGCCGAUGCGGGCAACGCCGGCCCGCGCAAGCAGUUCUACCACAUUCUCGGCAUUGUCAUCUUCCGCGACGACAACAUCGCCAAGUUUGACGCCUUUAUGCAGUGCUUUGGCGAGGCCUUUGCCUCGAUCGCCUCUGCGCUCGAGGCCGACGACGCGAGUGUCCUCGCCUCACCGCAGUUCCAGCACGCGCUCCAGGCGCUGUUCCUCGACCUCACCGGCGUCCUCACUGCGGCCAAGAAGGACAAUCACUACCGAAUCUUCUUUGACUGGAUAUACCACGACUUUGCGCCGCUCAUCCUCGCGCUCGUCGAGCGGUACUACGACAACCCGAGCGUGGUCAACCCCAUGCUUGUUUUUUGGGCCGACCUCGUCAACAACCCGUCGCGGCGCAUCAAGUUCCCGCCGGCCUCGCCCAACGGCAUCCUGUUGUUCAAGGCCACGUCCAAGAUUCUGGUCGCCUACGCCGCCCAGCUGCUGCAGAACGGUUUCCCGGCCGCGGUUGAGGAGUUUGCCGCCGUCCGCCUUGCCGCAGCCUCGCAGGCCCAAGGCCCCUCGUCCGAUCGUACCGCUGCUGACGGCGACGCCAACGCCGAGGGCCCGUCGCACGCACUCGCUGCCCAGCUCGAAGCCACCUUUUCUGGCAUCGAGCUCUGCCUCGCCAUGCUCCGGCUCUCGUUCUCCGGUGACUACUGCUGCUUUGGCGUCUUUGACCUCUACGACGACAAGGCGCUUGUCGACGCCAUCGACUGCGCGCUCGCCCUUGUCGUCGCCAUUCCGUUCGAGCUCCUCCUCCUCUACCCAACGCUUUGCUCUGGAUACUACGCCUUUUUGGAGGUGCUGGCCAAGACCCACACUCGCGAACUGUUGCGGCAGAGCGAAGAGACGCUAGGCCGCAUCCUGCUCUCGCUCAAGUCGGGCUUGCAGUCGUUCCAGCGGCGGAUCUUCACCCAAUCAUGCGGUGCGCUCGAGUUCCUCACCACCUUUCAGUACGAGAUGGCGUCGGCCGGCAAGCACCCGGAGCUUGCCGAGAUGCUGCAGAAGCAUCUUGACUCACAGGCCGCCGCAAUCUACCCAGAAAUCCUCGAGGUCCUCGCCUCGAUCUACCUCCUCAUCGACAACUCGCGUCUCCCGCAGUGGGCGGUCGCCAAGCCCUUCCUCAACUUUAUCGUCCUCUACUCGAACGAGUUUGAGCGGAUCAAGGCUGAUAUCGUUGCCCGGGAGCCGCCGCACCGCCGCGAGCGCAUUGCCGAGGCCUACGAGACACUCCUCGAUGACGUCGACUCCACGCUAGACGUUAAGAACCGUGACCGCUUCGGCCGCCGCCUCGCCGCGUUCUGUCGCAUGAUCAAGGAAGUUUGAGCGCGCUGCCGCACGAGCAAUGGAGUUCUCGGGAUUUACGUCGACGUGCCUGUGCUUGCUGUUUUGGAGCCGACUUUGGCGCCCUUGCGACGGCUGCCAGCCGACGAGGCACCAGCUCCGCCGGCACCGCUGCGAGCCGCACUCGACGAAAACUGCUCUCCGAGCGAGAUGUAGACGGUCAUGUCGCGCGAGAGCUGGUUCACAUCCUUGAUGUGGACGCCAUCCUCGGUGUACAUGCGGCGUGCUGCUGACGGCAGGCCCAGGACACGAGUCGCCUCGUCGAGGAGCUCCUUGAGCGAUGCGCCCACGAUGUGGCGGCCGGCUUGCCGCGAGCCCCACCCGUUGCGGUGGGCGUUGAGCCGAAUGUUGCCUUUGACCAGUAGACGCGAGCCCUCUGAGAUGGGGGCAAUGAGCGACUCGACACGCGAGCCGUCGAGCGGCUUAAAUGGUUCGCCGCACGAGACAACCACGUGCAUGUCGUUGGUGAUGUCCUUGAGCGAGUUGAUGGGCACGCCGGACGUGGUGUACAGCCGCCGCGCAGA